GAAAUUGUAAACCAGUCGAGACCGCCAAAGAAAUAAAGCUUUUUCACACGCGGAAAACUAACUUUAGAAAAUUGACCGAGUAUAUGACUAUUACGAUCUAAAAUAAAUCCAAAAUGAGUGACAAACUUGACAUGAGCUUAGAUGAUAUCAUCAAAUCAAAUAAAAAGCCAGGUGGAAGAGGCGGUAGGGGCGGGCGCGGCUCUGGUGGCAGGGGCGGUCGUGGCCGUCAAAACAGAGGUGGUGGUGGCCGGGGAGUUUUUCGGGGAGGAGUUCAGAAACGCCGGGGAGGUGGUGGCGGUGGAAACAGAUCAUUCGGAAGAUCACCAAGUAAAGGCAAUGCAGAGGAUGUUUGGCAGCAUGACAUGUUUGAUGGUGGAGCUGGAGGUGGCAUAAAACGAGCAAGGUCAGCACCUGGUGGUGGUGGCAUAGUAACUAGCUCAGGAAAACUACACAUCUCAAAUCUAGAUUUUGGUGUCAGUGAGUCGGAUAUACAGGAGUUAUUUGCAGAGUUUGGUCCAUUAAGAAAAGCCAGUGUUCAUUACGAUCGCUCAGGUAGAUCUCUAGGUACAGCAGAAGUUAUAUAUGAAAGAAGAGCAGAUGCAGCAAAAGCUUUAAAACAAUAUAAUAAUGUACCACUUGAUGGUAGACCUAUGAGUAUACAGUUAAUAGGAGCUGAAAGUAUGUCUCCAGCCAGUAGAUUAGGUAGAGGAGCAACUGGUGGUGGUGGCGGCGGAGGUGGUGGAGGCCAAAGAUUCACUAGUGGUGGUGGAAGGGGUGGUCAGCGACGAUCAAAUGGAUUUAGUGGUGGUAGAGGUCGAGGAGGAGGUGGCAGAGGGAGCCGUGGCCGAGGAGGUAGAGGUGGUGGACGCGGGGGCGGAGCAGCAAAUAAAAAAUCACUCACAGCUGAAGAAUUAGACGCACAAUUAGAUGCUUACAAUGCAAAGAUGGACACAGAUUGAUAGGAGCACAUUGAUAUGUGAUAUUAAAAACAAACAUUUGUAAGUGAAAUUGGAUAACAAGGAACAAAACAGUGAAUAUUGACAGAAAAGAUUUAGAUGUGCUCUUAGUAAAGUGAUAAAGGCUGCUGUGAGACAUAAAUAUCAUGGUGAAACUAUUAUAACAUGGGCAUAAAUAAUAAUAUGAUAAAUCGGUUAGGUGUAUUGUGAAAAUUAUAAUGUUUUUAAUUUAUGUUUUUAUUUUAUUACAACUUGUAUUAAAGUAAAUAUAGUGAGAACAUAGUAUUUGAUUUUAAAUUGUUUGGUUUUAUAUAAUUUAGAACGAACAAUAUGCUGUUGCAACAGUCACUGAUUAUAUUCCAAAUGUAUUUAUUUUUUUAUAUAUCAAUUUCAUGUGUGUUUUCAAUUGAACAUAUUUAGUUAACUUUAUUUAUAGUUCUACUGAUUUAGGUUUAGAUAUAUAAUAUUUUUUUGAGAUAUAGAGCUUAGGUGACUCAAGUUUUAAUUAUUAGUUAUUGACAUAUUGGAAAAAAGUCCCAGUUUGUGUGUUUUUAAGCAAUUCCCGAAAAAUUCGACCAAAAGGAACUAGUUAAUGUGUCACCUGCCAAAUUUUAUGUUGUGCAAGAUGGCUGUUAAGUGGUAUUGCAUGUCAUAGGUGUAUGGUUUAAGGAUUAUUCCUGAAUUCAAGAAUCUUUUAAACAAAAAAAAUGUUAAAUACAGACUUCAAGAUAUCCAAAUAAGACAUAUGGAUGUGCGAGCAAAAUGUUAAAUACAUAAUUUUCAAGAUAUCCAAAAAAGACUUACGGGUGUGCAAGCAAAAUGUAAAAUACAGAAUAUUUUUGAGACCACCAAAUAAAACUUAUGUGUGAGCAAAACUUUAAAUACAGAAUUUUCGAGAUAUUCAAAUAAGACUUAAUGGGUGUACGAGUGUGUUUUUAAUGUAUAUGGGCUAUACUAUUACCAGUAUUUGAAAUACAAGGCAAUAGAAUAAAAAUAGUGGUAGAUUUAUAUAGAGCUGGUGAGUGGAACCCUUAGAUUUUGUAGUAUGAAUGUCUAUAAGAAAAGGAACAUUUUAUUCAAGAAUACAAUUUAUGUUAAGUUGAUCUCAUUUUUGCGAUGAAAAAAAUAAGUGUUGCUUUUAACAAAUAUAUAUAUUGAGUGCUGAUUACAACAUUUAUAUAUUUGUUAAUAGUGGUACUUUGCAAGUCUGAUUUACUUAAUAGAUGAAGGUAUCUAAAAUAUUUUUACAUUUAAACAUUUUAUUAUUUUUUUAGAUUCAUUCUACGGUUCUCUUUUCUUUCAUGUAAACAGUAUGUUGGUGUGGCUUUUAAACCAACAUGAUAAAAAAAAAAAUCCUUUUUUUAUAAUGCUCAAUAUUUCCUUUUGUUGGACAGGAUUCCAGUCCUUUGGGAGUGAUGAUAUAUUGUUCUGGAAUUUUUUUUAUUUUUUGUUCCUUCAAUUUGUUGAAAUAUUAGAUAAAUCGAGCAGCUAUGUACAUGAGGAGACUAGACAAAUGAUAUGCGUUAUUCAGUUUUGUUGUAAAGAUUACAUUUAUUAUGUUCACAUGGUAUCAUCAUUUUAUUCUUACUCAUAUCGUAAUACAUUCUGUUUGUAAAAAAAAUCUCAUGAAAAAAAAUUCUUAAAAACAUUUAUUGUACAUUGUGACUUUGUAAAUAAAAAGACAAACUUUUUAAA